UUGAGGAAAGAUGGAGGCUCGGGGCAGAGCGCGGCAUGAGAUGAGUCUGGCGGCUCUCAGACACACAGACCCCUAUAUCAAUACUAUCGUGGAUGUGACGGGGCAGGUGGCUCUCUACAGCUUCAGCCCCAGGACAGGAGAAUGGGAGAAGACGGAUAUUGAAGGCACCCUGUUUGUGUAUACAAGGUCUGCAUCUCCCCACCAUGGCUUCACCAUCAUGAACAGACUUAACAUGAACAAUCUGGUGGAGCCAGUUAACAAGGACUUAGAAUUCCAGCUCCAUGAGCCCUUUCUUCUCUACCGAAAUGCCAGUUUGUCCAUUUACAGUAUCUGGUUUUAUGACAAGAACGACUGCAAGCGCAUUGCCAAACUGAUGACCGAUGUAGUAUCGCUAGAAUCUGAGAGAGUGAGGGCGAGGACCAGUCCCCUCGUGACAAAUGGUGGAGCAGACCAACCAAUUGACAUCUUGGAGAUGCUAAGUAAAGCCAAGAAUGAAUAUGAAAAGGGUCAUGUAGUAAAUGAUCAGACUACAACGUCUGGGGUACAGAAGAAUGUAAGGAUGAUCAAAGCAGACCCUGUGGAAACAUCAGAACCCCCUAGUUCUUCUCAAGAUAAGUCUUUCCAUGCAGUGCAGAAACACUUGACUGUGGAAGAACUCUUUGGGACCUCUUUAUCUAAAGAGCAAACUGCUUCCUUUCAUCUUAAUUCUGAAACAUCUGAGCUGCUGCCAGAGAAAGCAGCACGUAGUGCUUAUUUGCCUUUUUCUUCUGACCAGUCCAAGCUGCUCCAACCACUGACAAUGAAGUCGGAGCCUGCAGAAUUUAGCUCUAGCUCCAAUGAGUGUGCUCAUCCUGCCUUUAAUCCAGUACUAAUACCCCAAAUUCCAGUCUCACAACCAGACUGCCAGAGAAUACAAACCUUUCCUAUAAGGUUAAGUCCUAGUCUUUGUUCAGCACCUGCAUCUGAUGUGCUGACUAAAUCCACCUCCCUUAGUUCCAGCAAUACAACCUGCAUCAGACAUGUCAUGCAAAAUACUGGCAGGCAGUUGUCCCCUCUUAUGAGCCAGCCACUUUCAGACUUCAGUAAUUCUACCUCAAAUCCACCCAUCCUUCCACCAUGUAUUCCUGUUAGCCUUGGUAAAGUGUCCAGCACGACUCCGUCAGAUGUCGAGCUACUACAGAAGCUAAAGUUGACCUCUCAAGUAGACCAAAUACAGCCGCAGCCCGUCAGCAAAGCUUGUAUUGCACCUAAAUUCUCCUGUGCAGCGAGCCAGCUAGCAACACCAGAGAGUUUUAAAGGAAAUUCGAUGAAGGCCAUGAACAGCAUUGGUAUAGCACCUGUCCAGGCUUCCCAGUUUGUGACCCCUGCAACCACUGCUGCAUCUUCAGUCCUUCUGUCACCUAGUGUCUUUGAGCAAUCUGUCCAAAAAUCUGCAAAAUCAGAAGAUAAAGCAAGAAUGUCACCACCUAUGCAGGUGACCACUGAUCUACCAAUGUUUGCACUCAGCAGAUCUCAGCUCCAAGAGACAUUAGUGCAUCUUAUUAAGAACGAUUCAAGUUUUCUCAAUACAGUCCAUGAAGUCUAUCUACAAUCCCUUACAAAAACCUCAGAUAAAGUCAAGCUUUAAAGGAUGAAAUACCAAUACAAAAAAAAUAAAUAAAAAAGCAAUGGUCUCCUACUUGUUGGUCAUUCUAUACAAAACUAUCAACAACCAAAAAAAAAAAACCAAGCUGCAUGAAACAAGGUCAAUGCUACAUGGGAAAAUAGAGGAAUGUUUUGGAUAAUACAUUUGGAACAACGCAUUGACCAUUCAGUUUAAUAUAUGCUGCAACUUGUCCAAUCGAUUCAUUUUAAACUAUGUGCAGGGCAACAGAAAUAUUUCUUGUUUACCGGCAUAUUUUGAGUGUACUAAAAAAAAAAGUCAUGGUUGUCUGUACUACAGCUACUGGUAGAGGUGAUUAUUAACGUUGAAUUUUAUGUACCUUUUUGUUUUUAAAGCAGAUACCAUCUAAAUGCAUUGGAUUUGAAUCCUCAAUAUCAAUAUUAUACUUUUGUUUUUGUUUGUUUUUUAAGUGGCAAAGCCUUUUUUUUGUUUGUUUUAAAAUUGUUACCCUAAUUUUAUAUGCAUUUUAAUAAAAUUAUUGAAUUUAUUGACAGAUUGACUCUCUCUCGACCUUCCCUUAUAUGCAUGAUGCAUCUUUCAGAGAUGUAUUGGUUGCUUGUUUGCACACCAUAAUUCUAUCUUGUUGAUAGCUUACUCAUAGAGGGUUAUUCAGUGUGAUA